AUGUCACAACAGCAAUUUAACGAAUUUGUUGAAGCAUUUAUUAGGAGCCAGGAAACUGUCAAUACACAGCUUGCUAAAAUCCUUCAUCAACAAAACACCCAGACACAAACCGUAACCGAAGGUGUAACUUACAUUUAUAAACCUCAAUAUACAAAAGGGUUAUUAAAAGAUGCAGUGCUUUAG